GGUCUCGUCAUCAAGAGUUUGCUCCGAUGUGCCAAGGCACCUUGUGUGGUUCAUGCUGUGUAAACACCAGUCAUCACCAGCCCAGCCGCCUCUGAAUUCACCUUGGCUGGUUUUCACUUUUCCUGGAUCAACCCGCCCCUGCAAUAUCCUCUGUCCGUAUCGCUGCAAUUGUGUCCUGCAGGCUCAAUUUCCCAGCUUGCAAUGCUUUUGGAGGUGGGGGCAGGGGUGGAAGCCUUCUCGAAAGCCACGUUUUAUGGAGCUGAUUAUAAUCGAUUCUACCCCUGGCCGCGUGUUGAUCCAUCCACGACGCGCUCGGCCCGCUUCGAAGGAUCACCAAGUCCUAAUAAAUAUCAUGCACCAACCGCCAUAGCUCCAAGGCAAGAGACGACCUCGACAGCUAGCACCUAGACGUUGGCAUACACUUUCCCGGCCUGCGCUAUUCCCUCUUGUUGCCGUUUUCUGAUACUUAGCCGGCAAGUCCCAAUAAUGUUCCGCUCGAGUCUCUCCUUUCAGGGGCUCCUUGCCCUGUGCUUGUGCCAUGGCGUGGCGGCCGCAGACGACCUCUGGGUUAGUGUCGACGAUUCGGGCGUCCCAAAGACGAUGACCCCCGUCAUGAGCACCGUCAGCGGAACGCCGACGGCAGUGUCUGACGCUGCCCCGUUCGAAAUCACGGCGACAGUACGGAGAACAAUAAUCCACGGGUAUGUCACGACGAGCACUGGUCGGUCCUUGCCCACCGCAGACGCCAACUCGAAGGCGGGUGCGUUCCCGAUUUGUCACAAUAAGGCUGGGUCGGGCGCGCCAUUUUGCUUCCCUUCCCCAGGUAGCCAAGUGCACCCAGAGACCACAUACUACAUUACCUGGGACCCGGCAUUCUUCCCUAGCAGCAACACGACCAUAGUGGUCUUCGGCAGCCGCCGAAAUGCGACAACGGGUGCUUUAUCCAAAGAGGAUGCGUUUGCUUCCUCUCCACUCCCAGUCAACAAGGCAUUUUACGCUUGGCCGGUCGACCGCGAGAUCAUGCAGCAUACGGCCGGCGUCAACAUCAGCAUUGGCUUUCGGACCCUGCCAAUGACCAACUCCAGCCAUGCACCGGUCAGGGGCCCAGACGUCUUUGUCACGAAACUUCAGCCGUUCAGGCAGCCGCCGUCGACAGCCCCAUCCGGCGCUGAAUUGUACAUUGGACUGCCUAUCAUAUUCGGCUUUAUCACGUUGAUGCUGGUCGGCACCCUCGUGUGGGGCAAGAAGUACAGAAACAUUGGGGUGGGCAAUAUCAUGAGCCGCGCGCGCCGUGGAGGGUACCAAAAGCUUGGCUCUAGCCGGAGCAAGCGAGGCCGAGCCGACCCUAAAGAGAGCAUCGGUCUGAUGAACUUUGAUGCCGAGGCCAACUACGCAGACCAGGGGCGGUCCAGCAUCGACUCUGACUAUAGCACGGGCUCGGAUGCACGCCCGGCCCGCCAUCGCCGCAUGUCCUAGGCGGGACACCAUGAUUAGCACCAGAUGCCAAUUCACCCACUUCAACGCCUCAAAGUCGCGCUAUGCUGUUGAUGCUCGGUCUCUUGUUCUCUUUAUUCCGAUCAUUUCCCUCUGUUGCGCGAUUUUCACGGCCACAUGUAUGUGGUCAAGUCGCCUGGUGCUAAUAUACACAGGUACAAAUAAACCUCUAUAGAUUUACAAGGUCGUCAUUACACUAGCGUUUUUAAACCAGCUUAGGAGUGGGUUUUCUCCGCUCCGAGUCUGCGUCUCCUCAACAUAGGCCCAGCGGCGCAUAAAAUCCUCAUGGGAAGACACUCUAGUUAGUCUUCCGGUAAUUGCUUGGUACAUUGCUUCCAUCACUCCGAAAUCGGUCGGGAACAUAAUGUCGAAGUAUCCCUGAUGGACCUGUGAGGGGCGUUUUCUUUGAUUAGCCCUGAGGAGGAUGAGAAACCAAGUUGGAGGGGACAUAGGAGCGUACCAGGGGGGUUGACACAGGCACUGGUCGGCGCUGGUAUCGCGUCUGCACAAUGGGAGCGUUCAGGCCAGGGGUUGUGUCAGGCAAGGAGUGGAAGUCACUUGUAACCAGGCGAUGGGCGGGAAAGUGGCGGUCCAGGACGUCAAAAAACUGCAUCAGCCGAGUGGGGAUGUACUCU